AGGGCAGGGGCAGGAAUGAGAAAUCCGAAAGGAGUGGGGAAAAGAGCCGCAGUUUCAUUGGAAACAUUGGAACGCCACUUCAAACUGAACCAAUCUCCACAGCGAUCGUGGAACGCGACGAUAUGAAAGCGUAGUAGCAGGAGUAACGCAGGAGAAGAGGGGUUGCAGACUCAACAACGGUUGAACUAUUAUAGUGUAAUUUGAUGGAAAAUAUGAGCGAGAAUGUUGAGCUUAUUCGACAACGGAAAUGAAACGAGGAUUGAGACUUACGCCGGUGAGGAGGACUGCGAACGAAGAGGACAACAAAUGGAGAUGCGAAGAGAAAGUGAUAAAAAUGAGAACAAUGAUGAUCGAAAUAACGACGACGAUACGAGUUGAAUCGUACGACCGAAACGAGCGGUCUGCUGUACGAAAACGUGGUUUAUUCGGUCGAAACUUUGUCUGGAUUGAGACAUACGACGGAUUGAGUAUUCGGAAAAAUCGGACGAUUGGGAAAGUCUAUGAAUACAUGGAGAGGAAACUGACAGAAACGAGAACAACGCGGAAAAACAUAACGACGACGGCGCCGAUGACGACGGCGGAAUUUCAGUCGUAUAAAAGUUUCAUUAUUUCGAUAACAGCUUAUUCGGUGGAAGAAAGGCUGGAAUUCGGGUAUACGACAUCGAAGACAACUGAUGGAAUGAAAAAAAAAACUAACCAAGAGAUGUAGAAUAUAAGAAAACAGGGCAAAACGUUGACAUUUGUUUUAUAUAAAAUUGCGUUAACAAAUAUGUCGAAUUUUCGACGUUGAAAGUCUAUUCCACAAUUUUUUGA